CUUCCAUUUGAGCGAAUCUACAUCCGUCACCCGCUACCUCAAUAUAUGGAAAUAUAUAUAUAUAUAUACACGAAGCAAUUUUUCCUUUCUUUAUUUCCUUCUCACUUUCUGUUUGGACGAGUCUUGUUAGGCUCUCUCGCCGUCGCAACUUUGCGACCCUAAUUCCGAUCAGGGGCCAUCGAACUGGGAGAUUUUUCCCUUGAAUUACCCGGGAUGCACUUGUGGGAAACUCCUUGUCCUCUCUUGUGCACACCCGGGAACGCUAUUCCUGGACACCCGUGCCAAUAAAUAAAUAAGUUGGAAAAAGCUAUGGGACAUCAUAUCAUAAGAGGAAAAUGCGAUGGACAAUGAAGUUGGUCAUAAUCCAAAGCAGGAACGUUCAAGGACAAGGUGGACCGCAUCCCUUGAUAAGCUAUUUGCAGAUUUGGUUGUGAAGCAGAUUCAACUGGGUAACAGACCAAACAACGUUUUUGACAAGAAAACAUGGAAUCUCAUUCGUGAGGAAUUUAAUGAGCAAACAGAUCUCAACUUCAAUAACAAUCAAUUAAGGAAGCACCUGGAUGUUCUGCGGACACGCUUCUAUAAUCUGAAGUCAGCUUCUGACCAAAAUAAUGACUAUGCUUUGGAUUGUUACAUUGGGUUUGAUCUGUGGGAAGACGUCAGGGCACAGAGUAGGCCUGAAAUGAUCAGAGUCAAGGACAGCCCCAUAUAUGAGCAGCUAUGUGCAAUUUUCACAGAUUCAGCAGCUGAAGGGAAAUAUGCACAAUCCAGUCACUAUGAAGAGCUGGACAAGUCUGCUGGAAUGGAUUCUGCUGGAUUAAUCCCAUGUCAAGAUGUUGGAAUCCCAUUUUCUACGAAUCCAUCAUCAUCAAUACAUGUGCAAGGAAACAUGUCAUCAGCAGAAAAGGUAAUAAAAACUAUUGCACAGAAAAAAAGGAAAGGUCCAUCUGAGAGACAUUCUUUUUUGGAUCAGAGGAGAAGGGAUCAAGAAAUCUAUGAUACUAUGGCAGAAGCGUUGUCAGAAAUGGUUGCUGCUUUGAAGUCGAGGGCAGUUGCGACAACAACCGGUGAUGAUGGAUUUAGUAUCACUAGUUGCAUUAGGGCACUGGAUGAGAUACAGGACAUUGAGGAACGGCUCUAUUUUGCUGCACUGGACCUCUUUGAGGACCCCAGUUUAAGGGAGACAUUCAUAUCUCUGAAAGGUGACAAGAUCCGGCUGACAUGGUUGCGGGGCAAGUGUGGUAAAACAACCUACAGUUAGUUUAGGGACUGCAUGGCUUUUUGGCUAAGUGGGGAAUGUACAUGUCACCUUCACUAAUUUUGCUCUAGCGAACUAGGUUGUUCGUAUCAGUUUAUCCAUUUUUAGGUUGAAAUAGUUCUUUUUUAAUGCUAUUAUCAUCUUUACUGACGUAGUUAUGUUCAUAGUUGGUUUCUUGAUUCAUGGAUAAGAUGAUGAUGCAGUGAGCGUUUUAUAUCCUAUUGAUGUAUAGAAUUGGAUGUGUGAAUAUUGCUGCCUGUGUAAUUUUGAGGUUGUGUUUCCCUGAAAUAAACCUCAGGGCUGUAGAAUUUGAACUUGAAGUCAUUAAACAA